CCAGCCCUGAGGCCCUGCCAGGCGAAGAGGCCACAGGCCGGGACCACCGACACCACCACCACCGACCCCAUGUUCCCUGCAACCAGAAGAUAGCAGCCAGGUCAGUCAGCCCCGUUACCUGCACUGUCAGUCAGCCCUGUUACCUGUUUACUUUAUUUGGUGAGGAAAUACUUGGGUCGGUUUCUCUGACCCAGAUUAAGAUCAUUCCUGGUCUAAAAAGCACUUUUGAUGGAGAUUCUCCAUUGAACCCAGUAGUAGCCGUAUUUUGGGUUGGAGAAACUAUCCUGUACAGUCCACAGACAUAUGGAACAACGGCGGGAUUUCCCCUCCUGUGGAGGUAUGUGUUAUGACUUCCCUGAACUGAGAUGCAACUUCUAUUUACUUGAUGUCCCUUUUCCCCUGAACCUCAGAGCUGUGGAAUAUCCACCUUCUAUACUCCUACUAGCAAAGAAGGUCUAUGCUAGCCUCUUCUCUACAAGUACUAGGAUGCUCACAGCACACAGGCAGGUGUUGUGUAUUCACGGUGUAAGCCGUGCCUGUCCUCUACGUUGACUUUAUUCACCCCUGACGUUGUUCCAUGAUUAAUAGAUCUCAAGGGUGUGUGUGUGUGCAUCAGUGGCAACAGAAAGGUCAAAGGAUAUCAGAGACUCAGCUCAUGUUUUAUGUUAGUCAGUUAGCCUAUAAGCAUUGGUAGGAGUCAAUUGGAUAGAAGGAAUACAGUAACAGUAUGAAACCGGUCCAGUGCAGAAAAUAAUAUUAGCAGGAUGGAAAGUAAAAUAAUGUAAUGGUAGUGAUGGUAUGGAGUUCCUAAGAGGAUGGAAUUGCUAUUAGCGGGAUUUUCAGCACCAGUGAUCUUUGCACAGUGCCCUCCCUGCAGGAGCUAGAUAACACCAAUAUGCAGUGUUAUUCAAAAUAACGUUUUUUAACAGACUGUUACAAACCAAAUACAGUUAUAUUUGGGGGCCUUAGGCCUACUCAGGAAACUUAUCUGGCAUUUUAUUGGUUUAUAAUUGAUUGAACUCAUACAUGGAUUUAUCAGUUGUAUUACCAUUAUUGAAGUUGAUUGACUUUACUUGAAAAGGCUACUGUAGGUGGCCUAAUGUGCUUUGCUUACACCACUCAUUAGGGUAAAAAGGUGCAGUUACGUGUUACGUUCUGCCUUGGAAUAUAAGGUUUAAAUUGCAUUCGGUUUUUAUUAUGAUCAGUACAACCGAGCGUAAUCGCACGAUUAGGUUACUUUAAAUCCGUUGAUCAAAGCUUUACCAAGCCAUGCAUGACACGGUGGUGGUGUAUUCUCAACCCACCUCACGGAUUCCCUGCGCAACAAGUUGACACACAGUCCAGUGUUUCUUGUCUCGCAGCAUGCCUCGUUGCCUCGAAUUGUGUCAUUUUUCGCAAUUCACUUUCUCUUUUCACAUGGACAUUUCGCUAUAGCUACUUUGCGACAUGUGAAGCUGUGGCUGGUACCAACUCAACCUUGCGGAGGACAUGACCGUUACCUUGGAUGAAUAAAAUAAGACGACUAACCUACCUGUGCAGCGGUACGUUGGCGGAAGGUUGUUCGUUAAGGCAAAGAUUGCGUAAGUCUCAUCACUAGAGUUUGUCGUCUAUUUUUUUUAUUGACAGUUGUUGUCAAAAGCAUAACAAGUUGUUGAUAAUGAACGUAGGCCCUAAUGUACGUACCUCAUAGGUAUGAAGUAGGGCAGCCUGUAUAUGCAGGUUAUUAGCCUAGUUUCUAAAUCAAUUGGAGCAGUCCCGCCAAUAACCUCAAAUGAUUGUAUACCUUGGGUUUUCUUUAUCACAGCCUACAGGCUUAUAACUGUAUCAAAAAAUAUAUCACAUUUAUUUUAUGUAUCACAUUUUAGCCUCUACUUUAUAUAUUUAGUCCUCACGGAGUGACAAUCCUACAACAUAUUUGUUUCAGAAAAUUAUUUGAAGCUCUCAUUUGUAAACAAUGUAGGUACAGAAUGCUACUUGUUUUACAAAACGUUUUUUGGUUAUAAUAAGGGUAGACAGUUAUACUAAUGCCAUUUGCGUAUUUGAGUCAUAUUCUUCAAAAACCAAGGGUUAUAUUUAAUUAGUUCUGGAAAUCUUAGACUGUGUGGCUUUAAAUCUAUAUAAGCGUCAGUGACGACAUGUCUACGCUUGUUUACUGUAGACAGUAGCCUGCCUAAUCAGAGCCAUUUGAAGGGGCACAGUGAUGUCACCCUCUACACUCACGUUUGCUUGGAAGGAGCCCUCAUUAUAGCUCUUUGAAAUUCAAUUCAAAUUGCUUUUUUUUUUUUUUUUUUUUUCCUGUAAGGGAACUUUGUGUGGUGACACAACAACACAGAACACAAAAACAUGUAGGCUACAGUAUAAAUGCAAGCAGACGUGUCAAACAAAACAUGUUGCAAAUGAUCUGGCCUUGCAAUACAAGCACAUGCUGUCUGAUUCUGUAGAGUAGCUAUUCAACUCACAAACAGGAUAUUGACCAACCUCUACUCAUAUUGUCAUCAUGUUUAUCUUGUGAGAGAACAGGUCCAGAGAACAGGUCCAUGGUGCCUGCAUAGUCUACAGUCUCCACUUGUAGUGUAGCAGUGUGGAUACAUUAUCUCACAGGCCAAAGUCCUCCUUUGUGUUAUGGUUUCAUAGACAACUACCAGCAUCACAAUAUGCCUGAUCUUAGUCCAUAUGUACAGGUAUAAAUAUGGACUAGCCCUCAUGACCAAUAAGAAUGGAGUCUGUAGCCAUAUCGGGGACUAGGCCAUAUCAGGACCACAAUAGGACAACCCAGCUUCAGCCAAUUAUGCAAAGCAUGCUGUUUUCAGAUGCAGGUGGCAGCUACAGUACUAGGGCCCCUAUUAAAUCACACUCCACUUCCUCCCUCACCAUGACUAAGCACAACCGUGUAAUUAAUAGGCCACCUGACUGCAGGUGUUCAGCUUGAACGAGCCCAUUGGUUUGCACUGCUGUGGUGAACCAUGAGAGAGGAGAAAUGCCCCCUGAGGUUAAAUGAUAACUACCCCUGAAGGUAAUGGGUCAUGAGUAUCAUCCCUUUGGUUACUCUGAAAGACAAAACACGAAAUAUGACCCGGGUUGACUUAUGGUUGAUCACAUUCUGUGUUCUUCUUAAUACAUGCUCUUAUGGAUCAUUAAUUGCCCAUGGUUUGGCUAAGACAUCAAUUUGUCCAACAUUGCUGACUCUUGUAAGCGUCAGCUGUUCUGGAAUAGGAUAGCCGAGAUUGAUAAUGAUCCUCGUUGAGGCCAGCCUCUCUCAACCCCGUCUGACCCUGAGGUAAACUGACACCACCAGACACUACCUGUGAUCAAGAGGGAGCAGCACAUCAUAGCCUCUCCAGGUGUGAGGGGAGACCGAGAGGGAGAGAGACUUUGAGGCAUAGGUUACCGCUAACUGCUUCUGGAUUUUAUUGGUCACAAUUAACAUAUCAGAAGAUGGAUGAUAUGAAUGGCUUCAUCAUCAAUGAAAGAUGACAUGAUCUGUAUGUAUCAUUAUACUGUAUCAUGUAAUUAGCUAUCAUGAUAUACUGUAUAUAGAGGUUGUUGUGUUGUUUUGGCUGAUUGCAACUUCUACCUGGAGCGUCAUUGACGUUAACAGCCUAUAACUUCCGAUAGAUUAGAUUGUGUCCAUGACUCAGACCUGUUUGUUUGCUUUCCCCCCGUCACUCUAGAGAAGACGAGGGAGGAGAACGGGAGUUGAAGGAGAAAUGGUGUCCUGCCCCUUUAACAGUAGAGGUCCUAGAAACUGCAGCUAGCUUAACUAGAUUACAGUUAAUUAGAUUGGAGGAUGUCUUGUGAUGGCUCUGUAGACGUGCCCUAAUCAGCAGGAGGUGGAGAGGGAAGAAGGCUCACGUUUAACAUUCAUAUAUGGACAAUGGUUUGGCCUAUGUCACUGUUCUAAGCCAAGUCAGAGUGAGAGGACUCAGUACAAGGAGCCAAGAGGUCAGUUUGGAUUCGUAUUCCACAGUUCAUGUGUUCUUCUAAGUAUUCCGACUAGUAAACGUCUCAGAUCAACAUUGCUCGAUGUCUCAACCACACAAACCAUUUUUUAGUUUGGAUAACUUGGUGCCAUUUUCAUGUUGUUGUUUCUGGUCAUUCUGUUAUAACCAAAGUUGACAUUGACAAGAACUUCCCAUAGCUUGUUGGCUACCAAUUCUUGAAACAACGUUUUCAGGUUGUUUUUGUGUGUUUUGUUGCCAUGACAGCUGCAUUCACAGAACACACAGAGACUCAGUCUGCACUCUGCAACUUAAGGGAAAGUGCUCACCCCACUGUUCAUUCAGACCAAGUGUGCACAACUCCGGUCCUCCAGUUCUGCUGUCCUGAUGAGUUUCUGUUUGUCCAAUUUGAAAACAACAAGUCACACGAAGACGAGACAAAAUGUCCCUUGGUCUUCCGACUGUUCAGGGAAGGGAGGGUUUAACAGGGUAUUAUGGGUAAACAAUGUCCACGCCAACGGGCCGUAGAAUUUGGUGACAUUUGCUGGAAAUGAUGAUACCCAGCCUGAAGUUGCUCUCUCUCGGCCAGUGAAGGUUAUAGGAAUAUUAAAGAUGUCUUUAGGUCAAGAGGGAUUUAAGAUGCCCUCAGUUAUAUUCCCUAAUCUGGAGCUAUGAUUAAUUGUUUUAGUUCCCCCCCCCCAUCUGCAUUUAAUUCUAAAAAAGUUCCCUUCUGUUUGAUUUACUUUUAUUGUAUCAUAGACACCUGUUUGCAGCUGGAAUAGUUACAGCAACCAAGAAGCUAUUGUUCGCCAGCGUCAUCUACUUUGACUGGCUAGCCACAGUGCAUUAGUAAUGGACAGGUUGGGGGAGUUCUGUGGGAACCAGUGAACUAUGACCUUCCGCAACAGGAAGAGGCUUUUCAGUACAGAGAAGUAAUUGGUUCAGAUGUAAUGAACCAGGCCAACUAGAGACAAUAGGUAGGAAACUCAGCAUGUGGUUAAUGGCCAGACUGAGUCAUGGGUUUCUAGAGAACACGGAGCUAUUAUCAGUCAGUCACACCUGGGAUUAUACCGAGGAUGUGGUAACUACUGCCUUUCUCCCAAAAGGGUCACGGUAUCAUCUAGUGUACGUGUGUAGGUGGGUUAGUGGAAUGGUGUGCACGUACGUGCGUGUGUUUGGGGAGCACAAGUGGUUGCUCAACAGUGUCCAACAUGAAAGAGCACGAGAAAGUCUCCCCAGACCCUGUGCACAGCUUCCAUGAACCUGUGUAUAUUUGCUUGUAUAUUGCUGUAGAAUCUGGAUGAAUGGGUAUGUCCAUGCAUCGGCAUGAGCUCUGUGAGAACACAUGACACACGCCUUGAGCCAGCCAGCCUGUGGAUAACUGAUGACAACUCAACACUGUGUGGUCUGUGUGUUCAGGCCCAACACCAUGACUGAACACCAAGAGCAGAAUGAAGAGGGGGUCCUCGUCUCAACACAGGACCUGGAGCCCUCAAAACACCAGGAUGCUCAAGGAGGCCAUCCGCACUUCAGGUAGGCGACAUGCACACGUACACUUUUUAAAAGUAUCUUUGUCUAUAGUUAUCCCUCGGACGUCGAUGAACUGGUUGGUGGCUGAAUUUAAAUAAAACUAGAAAGAAAGAAUUUGGCCGAUUUUAGUUCAACUCUCAUCUUGUUUUGCUUUUUACACAGCAUUAUUAUGAGUGUUCCGCCUCAAGUCCACAGCAACAGGUCCUCUGUAUAGGCUAUUUGACACAAGCAGCCAGGCAGACAGACAAAACACCCUUCAGGUCUAAUGUUGUCUGAUUCCUCUUUUGUCUCUGACAUUCCUGCUACGGUGGGUUACAAGACAGCUACGUGAGUAAAGCUGCAGUGUGGGGAUAGAUGGGGCACGGUGGUGUAACCUGACUCCAUGUCACGGUGGUGUAACCUGACUCCAUGUCACGGUGGUGUAACCUGACUCCAUGUCACGGUGGUGUAACCUGACUCCAUGUCACGGUGGUGUAACCUGACUUCAUGGCACGGUGGUGUAACCUGACUUCGUGGCACGGUGGUGUAACCUGACUCCAUGUCACGGUGGUGUAACCUGACUCCAUGUCACGGUGGUGUAACCUGACUCCAUGUCACGGUGGUGUAACCUGACUCCAUGUCACGGUGGUGUAACGGCCACCCUAUUCCCUAUAUUGCCAUGGGACACUGGUCAAAAGGAGUGCACUAUAUAGGGAAUAGGAUGCUCUAACUGUGGAGCUGCUGGGGCUUAUAUAACCAGGAUCUAAGGCAGGAGGGGCAUUCUAAUCCUGGGGAAGCUGUCCUGGGAUGGGAUUUGGCAGGGUAGGCUACCGCAGUGUGUUGUGGUGUGUUCACUCUGUCAUUGACUAGUGGGUGGGAACUCUGAACUGUGUUGUUCAUGGGUGCGUCUCAUUGGUCUACAGUGGAUUUCUUUUCAUGGGUGCGUCUCAUUGGUCUACAGUGGAUUUCUUUUCAUGGGUGCGUCUCAUUGGUCUACAGUGGAUUUCUUUUCAUGGGUGCGUCUCAUUGGUCUACAGUGGAUUUAUUUUCAUGGGUGCGUCUCAUUGGUCUACAGUGGAUUUAUUUUCAUUGGUGCGUCUCAUUGGUCUGUCUCAUUGGUCUACAGUGGAUUUAUUUUCAUGGGUGCGUCUCAUUGGUCUACAGUGGAUUUAUUUUCAUGGGUGCAUCUCAUUGGUCUACAGUGGAUUUAUUUUCAUGGGUGCGUCUCAUUGGUCUACAGUGGAUUUGGAUUUAUUUGCCUUAUUUUCUUUCCUUCAUGAAUUAAUGUGAAAGACAGAGAGGGGAAAGCAAGUGGCUGGCCAGUGUCCACCAUGUUGCUUCACCUUUCCUAUGGUUUUUGAUUAAUGCAGAUGCUAGGUUUCUGUCCUAAAGGGAUAGUUCAGCCAAAUUACAAAUGUAAAGGUGAUAGUUAAAGAAAAUACCAAAACGACACAGAUGUAGGUCAUGACAUUGACCUCUCACCUUUGACCUCUGUGCUCUACUCUUUGUCCCAUUUUCUCUUUUCUUCAGCUGAAUUAUUGACAGUGUAUCUGUCUCCGUCUGCCUGAGGGAGCUAUUCCCUUUCUAAUGUAUCAUUCCUCAGGCUUGUAAUUAGUCAUGCUAUUCAGCGCCGCAGCAAAGGACACAUUGAGACACACACACACACACACACACACAUACACACACACACACACACACUGCGGCCCCGGUUACACUUUCCACUUCUCACAGGAAGGUAAAUAAUGCUCCUGCAUAAAUCGAUGUCUGUUUUGUUUUCAAGCCUGAUGACUAAGGUUCAGGUAAGACAAGGGAAAUAGGUGUUUGAUUGAUUUUUGAGCUGUUGGACUCUGCUGGACUUGAAUAUUGUUAUUGAGAUUCGUCUUGGUACCUUUAUGUCUUCAAAGAUCUAAAGGGACUCUUCCAGUAGUUUACUGCAGGGAAAAGGGAGAUGGAUGAGGAGAAGAGGAGCGAGGGAGAGAAACAGAGAACAGUGCCUGUGUUUUUCAAUAACCAUGCUUCCCUCCACCUGGGAACCAGACCAGCUGUUAUUUAUAGCCAGCCUCCAACAGGCAGACAGGCAGGCAGGCAAAGGGACAAGCUGUAGACAACAACCCACCCACCUAUCUAAUAUGGUGCCAACCUUCUGUAGAUAUCAGCUUUGUUGUUCAAAAUAAUAAACGUGUUGCCACUACUCUUAGCACCUGUUGAUGACAAUAGAAUUACAAAGGAAAACUAAAAUGUAGAAGAGUGGAGCAAGCAUAUUGUCUACUGUACAAUAUUACAGGAUAAUAAGCCGUUCCGGAUUGCCCCCACCGAAACUGAAAUGUUGAGGAAAUCAAUUCAGCAGAACUCCCAUGCCCAUGUUUAUUGUCACAUCUUAAUUAUUUCAUUGGUGCCCAUAAACAUUAUAGAACCUUUUAUAAACAUUCAAUCAUUACAACAUUGUAAUAAAGAAUAGAUAUAGCCUUGCUAAAUGUUAUCCAUGGAAGAUAGAUACAGACAUUCUCUGUUGACUAGAGGAUUAUAUGAGUGAGGCAGAGCUCUGUCCCAAGAGGAGAAAUUAAAACCCCCGGCUAUCCUCCACAGGGUUGCUAAGAUCCCCCGUUUACUGCAGAUGCUUAUAGAAUGAAAAUAUUGCUUUUUCCUCAAACAACCUUGAGAGAGAGAAAGACCUUUUUAUCUGUUAUAUUUAUUUGGCUCUCGUUAGAUCAUGUUAUUUAAAGUCAGCGACUGACUAGAAAGUCUCUCCAUUGGAUCAAAUCAAAAACGGAUCCUAAAGAGAAAAACCGGUCAACAAUGCAGCCCAGAUCUGAGGACCAGGAUUGUGCACUUCCAUACUCAAACUCAACCUAAUUGUACUACAGUACUUGUGCAACAGACUGCCCCCUGAUUUCAGCUCGCAGUAGGCGAUGUUCUCACUAGCCCCGGGGACAUUCGGCACCUUUCCUCUCACAGCCAUGGUGCUCAGCUGCAAGCAGGACCUAUUUUCUCUCCUCACAAACACCACAGGAUAUCUCAACACCUCUCAACUCUCCCUGCUGCUCAGUUAGAAUGAACCAGCAGAAUCAACUAGAAUGAACCAGCAGAAUCAACUAGAAUGAACCAGCAGAAUCAACUAGAAUGAACUAGCAGAAUCAACUAGAAUGAACCCAGCAGAAUCAACUAGAAUGAACUAGCAGAAUCAACUAGAAUGAACCAGCAGAUAUAGACACACUUUAUUUCUACACUGAGGGUGGAUGGAUGGAUGAAAAGGCUUGCUCAUUCAACAUUUUGUGGUAUAGCUACUGUAUAAACCUGCACGCCAUUUUGAUUUGAUUUGGGGUUUUUUCAAUGCAUUUUGUUUAGCUUGUUGUAUGUUUGUAUUCACAUAAUUACAAGUAGUUUGUUAAAAUAGGUCAGAGUUGAGAGUACUGUGAUGUCUCGUGGGAAGUUAUUGGUGUAUAUAUUGGUGUGUAUGAAUUAAUGGUCUAUAUAUACACUACAUGACUGGUAGGGGGCGCUGUAUUGAAGCCACUGUGCCUCGAUCUUGGGACUCCCCCACCAGUGUACAGUGGGGAAAAAAAGUAUUUAGUCAGCCACCAAUUGUGCAAGUUCUCCCACUUAAAAAGAUGAGAAAGGCCUGUAAUUUUCAUCAUAGGUACACGUCAACUAUGACAGACAAAUUGAGAAAAAAAAUCCAGAAAAUCACAUUGUAGGAUUUUUAAUGAAUUUAUUUGCAAAUUAUGGUGGAAAAUAAGUAUUUGGUCACCUACAAACAAGCAAGAUUUCUGGCUCUCACAGACCUGUAACUUCUUCUUUAAGAGGCUCCUCUGUCCUCCACUCGUUCCCUGUAUUAAUGGCACCAGUUUUAACUUGUUAUCAGUAUAAAAGACACCUGUCCACAACCUCAAACAGUCACACUCCAAACUCCACUAUGGCCAAGACCAAAGAGCUGUCAAAGGACACCAGAAACAAAAUUGUAGACCUGCACCAGGCUGGGAAGACUGAAUCUGCAAUAGGUAAGCAGCUUGGUUUGAAGAAAUCAACUGUGGGAGCAAUUAUUAGGAAAUGGAAGACAUACAAGACCACUGAUAAUCUCCCUCGAUCUGGGGCUCCACGCAAGAUCUCACCCCGUGGGGUCAAAAUGAUCACAAGAACGGUGAGCAAAAAUCCCAGAACCACACAGGGGGACCUAGUGAAUGACCUGCAGAGAGCUGGGACCAAAGUAACAAAGCCUACCAUCAGUAACACACUACGCCGCCAGGGACUCAAAUCCUGCAGUGCCAGACGUGUCCCCCUGCUUAAGCCAGUACAUGUCCAGGCCCGUCUGAAGUUUGCUAGAGUGCAUUUGGAUGAUCCAGAAGAGGAUUGGGAGAAUGUCAUAUGGUCAGAUGAAAUCAAAAUAUAACUUUUUGGUAAAAACUCAACUCUUCGUGUUUGGAGGACAAAGAAUGCUUAGUUGCAUCCAAAGAACACCAUACCUACUGUGAAGCAUGGGGGUGGAAACAUCAUGCUUUGGGGCUGUUUUUCUGCAAAGGGACCAGGACGACUGAUCCGUGUAAAGGAAAGAAUGAAUGGGGCCAUGUAUCGUGUGAUUUUGAGUGAAAACCUCCUUCCAUCAGCAAGGGCAUUGAAGAUGAAACGUGGCUGGGUCUUUCAGCAUGACAAUGAUCCCAAACACACUGCCCGGGCAACGAAGGAGUGGCUUCGUAAGAAGCAUUUCAAGGUCCUGGAGUGGCCUAGCCAGUCUCCAGAUCUCAACCCCAUAGAAAAUCUUUGGAGGGAGUUGAAAGUCCGUGUUGCCCAGCGACAGCCCCAAAACAUCACUGCUCUAGAGGAGAUCUGCAUGGAGGAAUGGGCCAAAAUACCAGCAACAGUGUGUGAAAACCUUGUGAAGACUUACAGAAAACGUUUGACCUGUGUCAUUGCCAACAAAGGGUAUAUAACAAAGUAUUGAGAAACCUUUGUUAUUGACCAAAUACUUAUUUUCCACCAUAAUUUGCAAAUAAUACUUACAGGCCUCUCUCAUCUUUUUAAGUGGGAGAACUUGCACAAUUGGUGGCUGACUAAAUACUUUUUUCCUCCACUGUAAAUGUUUUUGCCACAUUUAAUCUAUUACAUACACCCUACUGCAUAAUUAUGUAAUGUGAGCAAAACAAAAAAUCUAAAACAUAUAUACAAAUAUUUUCCUUAAAUAACAAAAAUACUUAAAUGCAUGUAAUUUUGUCCUUGAAACAUUUAAUUGAAAUACUGUAGAAUUCCAUUCAUUCCUGUGGAGGACUGCUCCUACUGGGGAGUGCCAAUAUGGCCGACCGGUGGCUUCAAAGUCUCUCAAUGGCCAAUAAAUGGGUUGGGGUUGUUUAGCAACAAAACCGACGUGUGUGCAACUAUGGGGCUAAAUAGACUGCGUUGGCUUAGAUUGUUGACAACAUGUAAACUAUGUUUUAUCUCCAAUGUUUAUUGAAAACAUUCAUAUAUUUGCACAAUGUCUCUCAUACAUGGUUACAGUUGUUGGUUAGCUAGCACCUCAAAAUAAGACAUGGUAUCAAGAACAAGAUAAAACUAGCUGAAAUGAGCCACCUACGAUUCCCCACAUGGCAGCUUCUUUUCAUUGUUGGUAGCUAACUGGCCAUUCAGAAUCACAACAAUACACAGACUUCUUCCCCAUUGAAGUGUGCGCAUCAUUUUCAGCUAACACGUCUAUACAUAGCAUCAGCAAUCCAGGGUUUAUAUACGUCAUUGGUAUGAAUACACCAGUCAGGGCUGUUUCUACCGCAGAGGUUAAGUCUAAAUGUGUUGCCAGCUGACUAGCUAAAUGUCCCCUGAGAGAACAAUGUGAUAAACUUUUCUGGGAGCCCCUCUUUCCCUAUAAAGGCAUUCGCAUGCUUCCCAGACGAAAUAGUUCAGAAGUGUUCGUGCAUAUUAUGUGAUGACAUUUUCAGACGUUUUUGUUCAUUUUGGACUUCGGUAAGGGUUUCUCGGCUGUUCGGACACAACAUUUUUUUAUUGAGGCAUGCAGAAGUCGGUAGCCGAAGUCUACACUCCUUCGUCGGUGAUUGGUCAACAGUAGGGAUUCUUCAAUAAAGUAUUUGUCAUUCAAUGAGAGACGACGCGUUUUCAUGCACAUUUUUUCAUUGAGAAAUACUGCACCAAACAUGUUAGAUGUAAAAUUGCGCAACUAAGAUUUCCUUGGCAAAAACAUCAAAAUUAAUGACAGAUUUAUUGAGUUAUCUUACAUUAAUUCUGACUAUUUUGAGGAAGUGUAUACUAGCAGUACUAUUGCCGCGUUUUUCUAGUUUUUCAAGCGAAGGCCUUUUAUGGGAGUAUGCGGGACACUUGUUCGGUUCACCAGCCGAACUGAAGCAUGCUGACGCCUCUCUCUCUCUCCUCUCUCACCACUACCUCUCCCAGUCUUUCUCUCCCCUCUCACCCCCACCUCUCCCAGUCUUUCUCUCCCCUCUCACCCCUACCUCUCCCAAUCUUUCUCUCCUCUCUCACCCCUACCUCUCGCAAUCUUUCUCCCCUCUCUCACCCCUACCUCUCCCAAUCUUUCUCUUCCCCUCUUUGUAGUUACAUAAAAAUCUAACUUUCUUGGCUUUAACUGUAAUACAAGACAGCAGGACAAGUCAACAUAGAAUACCACCACUGAUACUUUGACACUACCAAACUCAGCCAAAUGAUUAUUUGCAGGUCUCUUUGCCCACUGUAUGUCCUCCCCAAUGAGAAGGUCAUGGCAGUAGGGGGCUAAUAUUAGGGAAGGUCCUCCCCACUGAAAGGUCAAGGCAGUAGGGGGCUAAUAUUAGGGAAGGUCAUCCCCACUGAGAAGGUCAAGGCAGUAGGGAGCUAAUAUUAGGGAAGGUCCUUCCCACUGAGAAAGUCAAGGCAUUAGGGGCUAAUAUUAGGGAAGGACCUUCCCACUGAGAAGGUCAAGGCAGUAGGGGCUAAUUUUAGGGACGGUGCUGACUAAGAGAUCUAGUUGGCUUGUCACACACAGUGUCUUAUGACAGGGAGAGACUUGUCUCAGGCAAUCAGCAGAGGAUGGUUGCCUUGGAGGAAGGACGUGUGUUUUAUCCUGUGUACAUCUAGCGUUGUGUACUGGCCCCUGGGUUGAAUAGGGUUAGAUUUGGAAUGUGUCUCCAGUCCAGGCAGCGCUUUUGUUGCAGGGGCAGAUUCGUCUGCGUUCGCGGCGUGCUAGUCAUGUGAGCGAUGGUGUGACUUACUGCCGGCAGUGCUGAGGGCAUCUCCCUCAUGAGCGUGUUUGAAUGCCGGAUUAUGUGUGUGUGUGUGUUUGUUUGUGUGUGUGUGUGUGUGUUUGCUUGCUUGCACACACGUUUGUGCUUAUACUUAUGCUUGCUGGUCAGAUGUCCGAAAGAGUGUGUGUGUGUGGGCCACUGAGUUUGCAUAAUGUAACUAGUCAGCCCAGUUUUAGAAAAGCACAUUCACCUGCCUUUAUGUGUGCCUGGCUGUGUGGGGGUGUUUGUGUGGUCGUAUGUGUGGUCGCGUAGUGUUUGUUUCUGUUUGAGUGAGAUACCGUAUGUCUGCUUCCUUUCUCCUGUACAUGUUUGUCUGGUAGCCGACCUUGAACCAUGCCAACAUCACUGUCACAAACGGCAGACAAAUGUACAGCACUACUGUUUGAUUUGAUGCCGAGGUCAGAGAGUUCACAGAUUACAGUUGGAUCAGAUGCCACAGGAAAUGAUUAUAGGUGAAAUGUCUCACUAUUCUCCAACAAGAUUAAGAUCGAACAAAUGAUCCAAUAGGAGUUAGUGAGAGCAAUACAAUCCCUGUGGACCAAUGAUAUUCAAGAUGGUGUUUUGUUGAGUCUCUCUCUGGCAUGAUGUAUUAAAACACUAGAAGAUGUCUUCUUUUCACACUAUUUCCUUCUUCAUUUCCUUCACAGGUUGAUUGACGACCUAUCAUAUGAAGAUGUGAAGAAAUGCUACAGGGGUUCGGUGAGUAGCAUGUUUCCUUUCUAAUGUAUUAUAGAUUAUAUCUGUACCUUAUUGAUUUUGCAUAUUGCCUAACAAAGAUAAGCCAAUUACAGCCGAGUUGGAUGCAGGCAAAGUCAAUUGUCUAUUUCCUAUCAGAGUUAAAUUCCUAUACACUUUAUAUUGAUUGACCCUUACUUCACAUAUGUACUGCACAUUCUGGAAUAAAGUUCAUUUGACCUUUUUAUGACCUGUGUUUCAGUUAACCCUGUCAUUGCUUGCCUUUAGGAGUGGUCCUUUGAGGAGUUUCCUAAUAGCGAGGGUGGCCGAGGCUAAGCUACAAUUUAAAAGAGGCAUUGCGAUCCUGAAAUACAAACAUGAUUUAGAUCUGUCCAUAGACUUAGACAGAUCAAGGUUUGACAGUAGCCUUGAGACUCCAUAAAUCAUCCCACCUCGCCAAUCCAGCCCCAGCAACUGAUUAUCUCCAGCCAUAAAGAUGUAAUACCGGUGAUUUGAUUGUGUCGCUUCUGGCUCAGAGCUCAACGGUUAUUCAAUAGGUGAGGAGGUCAUCCAUUAUCUCAAACCCUUUCUCUUUCGGUGAGAUCAGCAGGCCAUCAGGCCAGAUUAAAGGAACUGUACCGUAGCUGUGAUUAUUAUCUCCAUGUCUCCCAAAGGGGCAUGCUAAGUAGAGCUGCUGAGCCCCACAGUCACAGCAGCUGGCUGCACAUAUUAACAGGACAGGACAGAUAGGAGGCAAAGACAAUGACUUUCUUUCACCAACACAGCAGGCAGAACAGCUGAGGUGGAGAGAGGAGGAGGUGGAGAGAGGAGGAGGUGGAGAGAGGAGGAGGUGGAGAGAGGAGGAGGUGGAGAGGAGGAGGAGAGAGCAGGCAGAACAGCUGAGGUGGAGAGAGGAGGAGGUGGAGCGAGGAGGAGAGAGGAGGAGGAGAGAGCAGGCAGAACAGCUGAGGUGGAGAGAGGAGGAUGUGGAGAGAGGAGGAGGUGGUGGAGGGGGGGGGGGGGGGGGGGGGUUGGCUGCGAGGGGUGACAGUUCUGACUGUCUCAUGUGCUUGGUGAGAGAGGAGGGAGGGAGGGGGUGGUGCCUGUGGGCAGCAAGCUGUUAUCAAGACAGGGAUAGGAGGUAAGGAGGCGGCAGCAUGGGUUGGGCUGGCAUGGGGUGAGCAUAGGGGGAGUCACUGUGCUCUGUCGUGUUGAGGCAGCAAGAGAGAGACAGGAAGGAAGGAAGGAAGGAAGGACUCAGGGUGUCUGUGGCUGAGAAGGGCAGUGUGUGAGAGUGUGUGGGAGGUCGUGUUUGAGAAAGAGCUCAGUGACGGUCUGAGUUGCACACCGUGUCGGACCGGAGGGGUGUGUGUGUGUGUGUGUGUGUGUGUGUGUGUGUCUGUCUAACGGAGAGCUGCCUCCUCAAACCUGCACAAAGGACACCGGUUGGCGUCUGACUAGUUGGAGGACAGUCUGUGUCUUGCAGUGGGGUCCGCCACGCCGUGGAUGUGUGUGUGUGUGUGUGCAGCUGUGUGUGCGGCUCCGGCAUGCUGAGUCUGGUGCAGCAGAGCUCUCGUCCUCUGAGAGAGAGGGCGUCCGCUGGUUUGCCGGUGGGAGGGAGGCCAGCCAAGGAACUGCUCAUGACUCUGCCCUGUCCCUCUGCUCAGACUGUCAGCAAGUACAACUCGCAGUACCACAAACUCUUCCAGUGCGUUCCGAAGGACGAGAUCCUAAUGAAAGGUACUGUCAACAAAAAUGCUACAUGCUAACACCUGUUGUAGCAUCUCUGUUUGAUGUGUGUGUUUUAGGUUAACAUGCUAGUUACUGUCUUUAGCUUACUGUCUAUAUGCUGUGUAUUAACGUCAGGUAAACACGCUAUUAGCUCUAUGUGCUGUGGUUAUGUACCUUUUGCUAACUUGCUAGCUACGGUAGCAUCUCUUCUGUGCUCAUUUAUUUGAGGCUGACUUGCUAACAUGCUACGGUAGCUGACAUCUCUGUAUGUCUGUUUGCGUGCUGGUUUCUGUCUUCUGAUGCUUUUACUACAGAGUUGAACGAAUGUGCCUGUAAUUGGUUAAAAAUAUUAUAUUUGCAUUUAAUAUAAGGACUGCUACUUCUAUUACUAGUAUGGCCGGGAAGAUACCAGUAUCGCAAUAUUUCUUCCAUGGCAAAAAUGUAAACACGAAGCAGACCAAACUCUUCGGUCGUUUAAAAACCUGCUGUAUGUAAAAUAUUUUGUGCUAAAGCUUGGAAAAUAAACAUUGAGGCUGUUUUCCUAAAGAAGUUAAAUCCGCUUUGUGUUUUGUUUCCUUCUCGCGAUACUGGUAUCGUCCCGGCACUAAUCACUAUUAUUAGUAGAAGUACUUUCACUGUCAAAUGUUGUCGUCUGCAAUGAGUAUACACUUUCUCUUAUGUUUUUGUCCCCACAUACUGUAUGAGUUUUAGUCAUUUCAUUUUUGGCUUUGGAACUGUAUAGGCUACUCAGUGUGUUUGAAACCAUCUUUAUGUAUUCAGAGAGUUUCUGGUAAGGGUAACCAGUCCUCAGGCCCUGAACAGGAAGUGUAUGGUUUGAGGUCAGGUUAUGCAGAUUAGGUCAGGGCUGGGAUUCCCAAAAGCAUCCUAGCACUAAGAUAAUUUUUGUCCACUUACAGUACUUUUUUGGUUACUACAUGAUUCCAUAUGUGUUAUUUCAUAGUUUUGAUGUCUUCACUAUUAUUCUACAAUGUAAAAAACGGUAAAAAAUAUAAAAAUGAGUAGGUGUGUCCAAACUUUUGACUGGUAGUGUAGUUUCAAUUGAAUUAAGAUUAUCUUAGUGCUACGAUGCUUUUGGGAAACCCAGCCCUGUUCUAUUUUAGACUAGGGGUAAAGUGAUGAUGGUGUAUACAGUUUUGAUCUGUUUAACUGAUAUGAACGUACCAGUUACUUUAUUCAAUGCCUAUUAACCUAUUUUAGAAACACCUAUAGGCCAAGUCAAAGACAUGAACUAUAAUUAUAUAUAAUAUUUCCGUUCAGCAAACGCUUUCACCCAAAGCCACUUACAGUCAUGCAUGCAUACAUUUUUCGUGAGAAGCUACAAACACAGUGUUAGCGAUGUGCUUGUUUUGAGUUAGCGGCUACUGUUAACCUGUUUAUGUCUCCUCUCCCUCAGUAUACUCCUGCGCUCUGCUCCGAGACAUCCUGCUACAAGGCCGGCUCUACAUCUCCAGGAACUGGUUGUGUUUCUAUGCCAACCUCUUUGGCAAGGACAUCAAGGUGAGUGAAGGCCUGGCAGUUAAUAGACAGAUCGUCUAUAAUAUAUACAUACAUCUUAGAAUGUGUGCCCCAGCUGGAGCAAACCCACAACCCUGGUGUUGCUAGCACCACACUAAUACCAACUGAGCCACACAGGACCGCAGGGCCUCGAUAUAUAGAUGGACAGACAGAGAGAAGCAGGGUGAGACUUCCAAGGCCAACUAUCACACUACUCACCUUCAACCUUGCCCACUUCCAAUUGGAACAGUGUGCUGGGAGCUGUUAGUCAGGCAGCCGAUGGAGCUGUUAGUCAGGCAGCCGAUGGAGAUGUUAGUCAGGCAGCCGAUGGAGAUGUUAGUCAGGCAGCCGAUGGAGAUGUUAGUCAGGCAGCCGAUGGAGAUGUUAGUCAGGCAGCCGAUGGAGAUGUUAGUCAGGCAGCCGAUGGAGAUGUUAGUCAGGCAGCCGAUGGAGAUGUUAGUCAGGCAGCCGAUGGAGAUGUUAGUCAGGCAGCCGAUGGAGAUGUUAGUCAGGCAGCCGAUGGAGAUGUUAGUCAGGCAGCCGAUGUCCAUGAGCAAAUCAUGUAGCUCAGGUUUUUGUGUUGUGCCUGUUGUUUUUACUUUGUUGACUACUAUUUUAGGGCCAGGAGUUUUUCUGUGACCGCAUUGGCACAAAAGUAGUGGCUCUUUGCACUACGGACAUUUGUUUGAGUGUGUGUGAGUGCGCCCAAUCAAAUCAAAGUGUGUGUGUGUGUGUGCGUGCGUGCGUCCAUUCAAAUCAAAGUGUGUGUGUACCUGCCUACCUGUAGUGUGUCUGGACUAGACUAUUAGAGUAUAUGCUGUGCAUUUCCUCCUUUGAUGUCAUGGUUGUUCCUUUCCCUCCAGGGAGUUAGAAACAUGGUACAGAUGGAGGAUCUUCAUCUGACCAGUAUUGUCGCAGCAACAGGAUUUUAGCGUAAUGUCCCUUCAUCGUUGGUUAGGCUAUUAGCUGGCCGAAAUUAGGCUCAAGAAAAGUGCAAUACUGUUAAUAUAACCGUGUGUUAGUGCAGGUUUUCAGUGAAUUUAUGUAAAUCAUGCGGUGAAAAUCAUGAUCAAAUUAAGACCCUACACCUGUCUCUCCUGCCUCUGGCCUGCAAUAAGCUGCUUAGUCAGAGUGCAUUCCUAGCAUUCUAUCUGCAACUAGACACAUAUCCUCCUUAUUCUGCCCCUUCAAUCCAGCACCAGAGGCUUACCCUCCUUUAUUCUGCCCCUUCCCUCCAGCACCAGGGGCUUUCCCCUCCUUUCCCCUCCUUUAUUCUGCCCCUUCUAUCCAGUCCCCCGUGUCUGGUACAGUAAGUCCCUGUGUCUGGUACAGUAAGUCCCUGUGUCUGGUACAGUAAGUCCCUCUCUCUGGUACAGUAAGUCCCUCUCUCUGGUACAGUAAGUCCCUGUGUCUGGUACAGUAAGUCCCUCUCUCUGGUACAGUAAGUCCCUGUGUCUGGUACAGUAAGUCCCCGUGUCUGGUACAGUAAGUCCCUCUCUCUGGUACAGUAAGUCCCUCUCUCUGGUACAGUAAGUCCCUGUGUCUGGUACAGUAAGUCCCUCUCUCUGGUACAGUAAGUCCCCGUGUCUGGUACAGUAAGUCCCUCUCUCUGGUACAGUAAGUCCCCGUGUCUGGUACAGUAAGUCCCCGUGUCUGGUACAGUAAGUCCCUCUCUCUGGUACAGUAAGUCCCCGUGUCUGGUACAGUAAGUCCCUCUCUCUGGUACAGUAAGUCCCUCUCUCUGGUACAGUAAGUCCCCGUGUCUGGUACAGUAAGUCCCUCUCUCUGGUACAGUAAGUCCCGUGUCUGGUACAGUAAGUCCCCUCUCUGGUACAGUAAGUCCCCUUCUGGUACAGUAAGUCCCUCUCUCUGGUACAGUAAGUCCCCGUGUCUGGUACAGUAAGUCCCUCUCUCUGGUACAGUAAGUCCCUCUCUCUGGUACAGUAAGUCCCUCUCUCUGGUACAGUAAGUCCCUGUGUCUGGUACAGUAAGUCCCUCUCUCUGGUACAGUAAGUCCCUCUCUGGUACAGUAAGUCCCUCUCUCUGGUACAGUAAGUCCCUCUCUCUGGUACAGUAAGUCCCUGUGUCUGGUACAGUAAGUCCCUCUCUCUGGUACAGUAAGUCCCUGUGUCUGGUACAGUAAGUCCCUGUGUCUGGUACAGUAAGUCCCUGUGUCUGGUACAGUAAGUCCCUCUCUCUGGUACAGUAAGUCCCUCUCUCUGGUACAGUAAGUCCCCGUGUCUGGUACAGUAAGUCCCUCUCUCUGGUACAGUAAGUCCCCGUGUCUGGUACAGUAAGUCCCUCUCUCUGGUACAGUAAGUCCCUGUGUCUGGUACAGUAAGUCCCUGUGUCUGGUACAGUAAGUCCCUGUGUCUGGUACAGUAAGUCCCCUGUGUCUGGUACAGUAAGUCCCUGUGUCUGGUACAGUAAGUCCCUCUCUCUGGUACAGUAAGUCCCUCUCUCUAUAAAGUAUAAUAUUGUGUCCUCUUUUUCCCCACCUCUUCUCCCCCAUCAUAGGUUGCUAUCCCCGUGGUCUCUGUGAGGCUGGUAAAGAAGCACAAAACGGCAGGUCUGGUGCCCAACGGCCUAGCCAUCACCACAGACACCAGUCAGAAGGUGAGCGUUAGCCUCUUAGCGCCUCUGGCCACAGUGAAUGGAAACACGGCUAACUGACGUUAGUGCCGCACCACGUUCUUUCCACCAAGCACAGGUAGAUGGAAAAUAAACAACACCUCGUGCUAACAGGCUAAGCUAAUGCAAGUCAGCGCAUGGUUCGGUAACACUGAAAAGGUGUCGAGGUUGCAGUCUAUUUAGGUAGUGUCCCUUCUUGGUUCCUCUCCAGUGUGUGGGAGAUAGAACGGUUCACCUGCAACCUGCUCCUUUACGUUGGAGCAAACGUCUGGAAAGGGUUCAUUAUUACUCUGUCAUCUUAAUGUUCUGAAUGGAUUGGAAUGUUUUUAAAAUUGUAUAACUGCCUUAAUUUUGCUGGACCCCAGGAAGAGCAGCUGCUGUUUUAUGAUAUUUUGUGGAACUAGUAGGUGAUUUAAGGACUCAUACUCUCUCGUUGAAAAUGAUUUUUGAAAGAGGGGUGUUUUAGUAGAGGUACAGUACAGGCACCAUGUAAGAGGAAUGUAAUAUCACUAUUGAAAUAUCCUCUGUCAGUGUACUAGAUUAUGCCUUAAUCUGUCAAAUACAAUCCAUGGUAGAUUUAGUUACUGUUCACAGUAACUAUAUUUAGAGAAAAUUGCAUUCCUGGUAAUGAGAUGAUGUCUAAUGGAUCAUAUAAAUGUUCCUGACAAUGGUUUUACUCUCCUACCCUGUAUGUGCAUGAGUGUGAGCAGACGUGCGUGUGUAUGCUUUCAUUCUCAUUUGAGUUAGCUCAUCUCUCUCGUCACCACUCGAAAGAUAGAGAUAGAUAUAGAGAGAAAAAUCAAAAAAGAGAAUAGAUAGAGAGAACUAGUAGAAGAGAUACCCAAAAAACCAAACCAACCUACCCCCCCCCCCCUCUCUCCCUCUCCUCUCCUCUCUCCUCUCCCCUACUCUCCCCUUCUUCUCUUUCCUCUCUCCUUCCUCCCCCCUCCGCCCUGCAGUAUGUCUUUGUGUCUCUGCUGUCCAGGGACAGUGUGUAUGACGUGCUCCGGAGGAUCUGCACACACCUCCAGGUCAGAGAACACACACACUGGCUUCCACAACACCCCACACACACACCUCCAGGUCAGAGAACACACACACUGGCUUCCACAACACCCCACACACACACCUAACACUGGCUACUGCUACACACCUCCGGGUUAGAGAACACACACACACACACACACACACACACACACACACACACACACACACACACACACACACACACACACACACACACACACACACACACACACACACACCUAAUACAACAUCCCACACACACCUAAUACAACAUCCCACACACACCUAAUACAACUUCCCACACACACCUAAUACAACAUCCCACACACACCAAAUACAACAUCCCACACACACCUAAUACAACAUCCCACACACACCUAAUACAACAUCCCACACACACCUAAUACAACAUCCCACACACACCUAAUACAACAUCCCACACACACACAUCUACUACUGAACCAGCUCACUCCCACAUUAACAGGUCUAUUGGUCUUCAAAGUUUGCGUACUGAAUAUUUCCCACAUCUCAUCGUUCCCUCUCCAGGUCAAUGGGAAGAAGAGUCUGAGCUUGAAACACUACAUGGAGGUGCCCCACACCUUAUCUCUGGUAAGUAAGCUUAGGACUCUGGCUCCUCACUCCAGACUGAUCGUUGUCUCUUAUGGGUUAGAACAUUGUCCAACUUCAGACUGAUCGUUGUCUCUUAUGGGUUAGAACAUUGUCCAACUUCAGACUGAUCGUUGUCUCUUAUGGGUUAGAACAUUGUCCAACUUCAGACUGAUCGUUGUCUCUUAUGGGUUAGAACAUUGUCCAACUUCAGACUGAUCAUUGUCUCUUAUGGGUUAGAACAUUGUCCAACUUCAGACUGAUCGUUGUCUCUUAUGGGUUAGAACAUUGUCCAACUUCAGACUGAUCAUUGUCUCUUAUGGGUUAGAACAUUGUCCAACUCCAGACUGAUCGUUGUCUCUUGUGGGUUAGAACAUUGUCCAACUUCAGACUGAUCGUUGUCUCUUAUGGGUUAGAACAUUGUCCAACUUCAGACUGAUCAUUGUCUCUUAUGGGUUUAGAACAUUGUCCAACUUCAGACUGAUCAUUGUCUCUUAUGGGUUAGAACAUUGUCCAACUCCAGACUGAUCGUGUCUCUUAUGGGUUUAGAACAUUGUCCAACUUCAGACUGAUCGUUGUCUCUUAUUGGUUAGAACAUUGUCCAACUUCAGACUGAUCGUUGUCUCUUAUGGGUUAGAACAUUGUCCAACUUCAGACUGAUCGUUGUCUCUUAUGGGUUAGAACAUUGUCCAACUCCAGACUGAUCGUUGUCUCUUAUGGGUUAGAACGUUGGCCAGCUAGACUGAACACAAGUACAACAUGAAUCACAUUAUUAUUCUGAAUAGUAUUGAGGUCAAACGGGAGAAUCAAGGACAUGGGUGGUUCCUAAUGCUGUGAGGUUCUCGCUAGUGUUUACAGAACAACUGGUUCUGCAGGAUUAGGAUCAGGAUUUCCAAUUGUAACAGUAAGCAACUGUAACAAAAUGGAUGACUGCAGUGUAGCCUUUGUUAUGAGUACAGGUUGCAUGGAUUGCUAAGGCAUAAGAAUAUGAACGUGUGUAUUGUUAUUUUAACUGUGUGUAGUUCUGUACCUGUCUAUUAAUGUUAUGUAUUAUGUCCUGUUAUGGAGCUAUGUCCUUCAGCUGUACCUGUCUAUUAAUGUUAUGUAUUAUGUCAGCGGGGAGCAACUGCUGCCCCUCAUGAUGAGUUCAGAUUUUUGGUGGCCCCCACCCCUAUCAAUGUUGCUACUUGAUUUCCGGAGUUACUUAAUGUCUUAGGUAUUGUCUUAAUUAAUGUCUUAUGAAAGGGGGAAUACUAGUCAGUUGUACAACUGAAUGCAUUCAAUUGAAAUGUUUCUUCCUCAUUUAACCCAACCCCUCUGAAUCAGAGAGGUGCGGUGGGCUGCCUUAAUCGACAUCCACAUCUUUGGCACCCGGGGAUCAGUGGGUUAACUGCCUUGCUCAGGAGCAGAACGACUGAUUUUUACCUUGUCAGCUCGAGGAUUCGAUCCAGCAACCUUUCGGUUACUUGCCCAACACCACAACCCGCCAGGCUACCGGCCGCCCCAUAACCCAGGAACUAGAGUAUUUCAAAAGAGAACGAUAGUUUCAGAAUCUCUAUAAUUGGGGUAAUGUCCUUGGCAUAACCUAUAAGACAUGUUUGGCGUAAUGUCUGGGUCAUAACCUAUAAGACAUGUUGGGGUAACGUCUGGGUCAUAACCUAUAAGACAUGUUGGGGUAACGUCUGGGUCAUAACCUAUAAGAUAUGUUGGGGUAACGUCUGGGUCAUAACCUAUAAGACUAGGGGGUGUUGGGGUAACGUCUGGGUCAUAACCUAUAAGACAUGUUGGGGUAACGUCUGGGUCAUAACCUAUAAGACAUGUUUGGGGUAACGUCUGGGUCAUAACCUAUAAGACAUGUUGGGGUAACGUCUGGGUCAUAACCUAUAAGACAUGUUGGGGGUAACGUCUGGGUCAUAACCUAUAAGACAUGUUGGGGUAACGUCUGGGUCAUAACCUAUAAGACAUGUUGGGGUAACGUCUGGGUCAUAACCUAUAAGACAUGUUGGGGUAACGUCUGGGUCAUAACCUAUAAGACAUGUUGGGGUAACGUCUGGGUCAUAACCUAUAGACAUGUUGGGGUAACGUUCGGGUCAUAACCUAUAAGACAUGUUGGGGGUAACGUCUGGGUCAUAACUAUAAGACAUGUUGGUGGUAAGUCUGGGUCAUAACCUAUAAGACAUGUUGGGGUAACGUCUGGGUCAUAACCUAUAAGACAUGUUGGGGGUUAAACGUUGGGUCAUAAACCUAAAAGGGACAUGUUGGGGUAACGUCUGGGUCAUAACCUAUAAGACAUGUUGGGGUAACGUCUGGGUCAAUAACCUAUAAGACAUGUGGGUAACGUUGGGUCAUAACCUAUAGACAUGUUUGGGUAACGUCUGGGUCAUAACCUAUAAGACAUGUUGGGGGUACUCUGGGUCAUAACCUAUAAGACAUGUUGGGUGAUCGGGUAUAACUAUAAUACAUGUUUGAGGGGAACGUCUGAAUGCAUUCAAUGAAAAUGUUUCUUCCGCAUUUAACCCAACCCUCAAAGAGAUGUGGGGUGGGCUGGCUAACACAUCCACACUUUGGCACCCGGGGCAAACAGUGGGUGUAACUGGCUAUCCUCAGGAGCGAACGACUGUGUUUACCUUGUCAGUCAGGAUUCGUCCAGCAAAGCUUUCGGUUAAACUUCCGCAAACCAAAACCAGUGGUGCCGGCGCACCAUACCAGGACUGGUAUUUCAAAGGAACGUAGUGGUCAGAAUCUCUAUAAUGUGGGGUAUACGUCCUUGUCAUAACCUAUAAGACAUGUUUGGCGUAAUGUCUGGGUCAUAACCUAUAAGACAUGUUGGGGUAACGUCUGGGUCAUAACCUAAUAAGAUCAUGUUGGGGUAACGUCUGGGUCAUAACCUAUAAGACAUGUUGGGGGUAACGUCUGGGUCAUAACCUAUAAGACAUGUUGGGGUAACGUCUGGGUCAUGACCAAUAAGACAUGUUGGCGUAACGUCUGGGUCAUAACCUAUAAGACAUGUUGGGGUAACGUCUGGGUCAUAACCUAUAAGACAUGUUGGGGUAACGUCUGGGUCAUAACCUAUAAGACAUGUUGGGGGUAACGUCUGGGUCAUAACCUAUAAGACAUGUUGGGGGUAACAUAACUAUAGAAAUGUUUGGGGUACGUCUGGGUCAUAACCUAUAAGACGUGUUGGGGGGUAACGUCUGUGUCAUAACCUAUAAACAUGUUGGGGUAACGUCUGGGUCAUAACCUUAAUGACAUGUUGGGGUACUUCUUGGGUCUAACCAGAUAAAACAUGUUGGGGUACGUCUGGGUCAUAACCUAAGACAUGUUGGGGUAACGUCUGGGUCAUAACCUAUAAGACAUGUUUGGGGUAACGUCUGGGUCAUAACCUAUAAGACAUGUUUGGGGUAACGUCUGGGUCAUAACCUAUAAGACAUGUUUGGGUAACGUCUGGGUCCAUAACCUGUAAGAAUGUUGGGGUAACGUCCUGGGUCAUACCUAUAAGACAUGUUUGGGGGUAAACGUCUGGGUCAUAACCUAUAAGACAUGUUUGGGGGUAACGUCUGGGUCAUAACCUAUAAGACAUGUUGGGGUAAACGUCUGGGUCAUAACCUAAUAAGACAUGUUGUUUUUCCUUGUGUUGCUUCUUCUCCACUAAACACAGAACCAUUAGCAGUGCUGUGCUUUGUGUCAAAUUGAUUCUCUACUGAAAUAACAUCUAUUAGCCUGUGGAUGAGAUAAGAAGUCUGUUGUGGUUAACAAAGAAAUGGCCGGUCUGAAUGUAAAGCUGAUUUACAAGCUAUAAAGCUGGACUAUCGACAACCUAAAUCUGUAAUUGCAGUCAUUCGAAUGCAGCUGUUACAAUGAAAAUAACAAAACCAAAACAGUGUCUGUGUGGUCUGUGUGUCUGUGUGUGUUGUGUCUGUGUGUCUGUGUGUGUCUGUGUGUCUACUACUACCCUAUUAUAGUCUAAUAAUGAAUAAUCCUAAUCAUAAUAAAUAAUUAACGUUUUUCUAAAGUGUAUGUACUGUAUUGGUUAUGAAUCAGUAUCCAUAUGUGACCUUGUCUCUAGAUAUGUGUAACACUGGGAUGACCCAAGUCUGCCAUGGCCAUGCCGCUCUGUGACCUUCAACAAUGACCUUAUCAAUGACUUCCUGGGAAAGAAAUGGAAGUAAUCAAUAUCUGGUCCAUUGUCAUCUGGCUCUUACUGUCUCAAUGAGUAUUCUCCUGAGUGGGCACACACGAUACAGCCAUCUUGUAUGAUGGUUGACUUUCAUAACAUCUGUAUGUAAUGGGGUGUAAUAUGUAUUAUUGUCUAAUUCAUAUGUUAUAGAUUGAUCAUGGAUGGAUGUAGAUAUAUAGAUAAACUGUGCAGCAUCGAGAGAGUGGAACACUUUCUUUCCUGAAGAUUUAGUUCUUUCAGAUCAAUAAUUCCUCCUCUCUCUCCCUCCAGGAUGAGUACCCGGUGACGGAUGAGUUCCCGGUGGCGGAUGAGUAUCCUCCGGUGCUGAAGUGGAGGAGAAAACCCUCGGUGGUGUCCGUGUCCUCGUCCCUCCCAGACCUCCUGGGUAGCUCCACGGGUAGCCUGACUGCAGUGGACUCCUCCUUCCAGACAGACCAGCCUCUGGAAGGUGAGAACCUAGCCUGGACCCCCAUCGGUUUAUGCUGUAUUACAGACAAUUCUUGUUUCGCAUGA